UGUAGUACAAAGCUACGAGAGAGUGGAGUGAGUAGAGUGAGUAGAGUGAGUAGAGUAGUCGAGUAGUCGAGUAGUCAAAUAUCAUUCAGUUAACAAAGCGCUUAUUGAGAGAUUCUCUAAAUUUCUAUUAAACUUCGGAGAACAGUGUAAAACAACCAAUUUAGUAAAAUAUGGCUCGUACAAAGCAAACUGCUCGUAAAUCUACUGGAGGAAAGGCACCCAGAAAACAACUUGCAACAAAGGCAGCUCGUAAAAGUGCACCUUCUACUGGAGGUGUAAAAAAACCACAUCGUUACAGACCUGGAACUGUAGCACUUAGAGAAAUCAGAAGAUAUCAAAAAUCUACCGAGUUGUUGAUAAGAAAAUUGCCAUUUCAACGAUUGGUUCGUGAAAUUGCACAAGAUUUUAAAACUGAUUUGCGUUUCCAAAGUGCGGCUAUUGGUGCCUUACAAGAAGCUUCGGAAGCAUAUUUGGUCGGAUUAUUUGAAGAUACAAAUUUAUGUGCUAUUCAUGCUAAACGUGUUACUAUCAUGCCAAAAGAUAUUCAAUUGGCACGAAGAAUUCGUGGCGAACGUGCUUAAAUUACAAACAACUUGCAAUUUUUAUUUCAAUUCAUUUUAUUAUCAUGUCCUGGGACAUUAUCUUACAAAGUAAUUAAAUACAUUGCAAUUCAGUUCUUCCCACAAAUAUUCACUAGAGUCUACACUGCCAAGCACUAUAAGUAGUAUAAAUGGGGAAAUAUAAUCUAGGUUUGUCUGUUCUAUUACAUGAAUUAUUGGAAAAUAUUUAAAUUUCAAUAACAGACAAUUAACUUCUCCAAUUAUGGUAUGUGAACAUGAUUAUAGUGGAUUAGUAUUUGUAAUCAAACUUAUAUCAUUACACA